CGCACCGCGCGGGCCGGCAGAAGGAAAGAGAGGGGCCUGGCCCACGACCAGCUAUUGCCUGCCUUCCUCCUCCUCCUCCUCAGGGGGGCAUUCCAAGCUUUGAACAUGUCUUCUGUCAAACGCCUUGUAUAUGCCAUCAUCCAUUUUCUGCGAGAACAGAGUCAGAUGGAUACAUUCACUUCAGAUGAACAAGAAAGCUUGGAAGUGGCAAUUCAGUGUUUGGAGACAGUCUUCAAAAUUACUUUGGAAGAUUCCCAUCUUGCAGUGCCAGUAUGCUUGAGGGAAAUGUUUGAGAAUUCAUGUCAUAAGAGUGAAGUGCUGCCCCUCUCAGAUUCUUUGCCAGAGGAUCUUGAGAAAGCUGACCAGCUGAAGGAUGAAGGUAAUAAUCACAUGAAGGAAGAAAAUUAUGGUGCUGCUGUGGAUUGCUACAGUCAAGCAAUAGAACUGGAUCCAAACAAUGCUGUCUAUUAUUGCAACAGAGCUGCUGCUCAAAGUAAACUGAACAACCACAAAGAAGCAAUAAUGGACUGUGAAAGAGCAAUAGCAAUAGAUCCAAAAUACAGUAAAGCUUAUGGAAGAAUGGGAUUAGCUCUGACUUCAAUGAAUAAAUACCAAGAAGCCAUCAACAGUUACCGAAAAGCACUGGAUCUUGAUCCAGAAAAUGACUCAUAUAAGUCAAAUCUGAAAAUAGCAGAGCAGAAAUUAAGAGAUAUGUCCAGCCCUACUGGAACAGGAAUAAGUUUUGAUAUGGCAAGCCUGAUAAACAAUCCUGCCUUCAUCAGUAUGGCAGCAAGUUUAAUGCAGAAUCCUCAAGUUCAGCAACUGAUGUCAGGAAUGAUGACAAAUGCUAUAGGGGGUCCUGGUGCAGGUGUUGGUGGCCUCUCUGAUCUGUCAAGCCUCAUACAUGCUGGACAGCAGUUUGCACAGCAGAUCCAGCAGCAAAACCCGGAGCUGAUAGAGCAACUGAGAAACCAUGUUCGCAGCAGAUCUUUCAGUGGCAGCACUGAAGAACAUUCCUGAUUCAAGAGGCAUGUUUUCACAAUCCUGUUGUGCAGAUUUUCAAAAGGCAUACUGUAGCUAUUAGCAAAUAUCACCAUUGUAAUUCUUCUCAGACAUGAGGCAGGAAAUCCUUUGUGUGUAUUCCUUAUUGUCUGUUGAAAACAGAUUCAUUGCACACAGAUCUGAACAUAUCAUGUUAUGUAUAUUGAUGCCUUUGUAAAUGGACUAUAAACAGAACUGUUGGCUUAUUAAAAUCUCUAUGUACAAGGGA